AUGGCCGCUCUCACGUUCGAGGUGGCUGCGAAGUGUUCUAAAUCAAAGGCCAGAGCAGCUACCAUGAUGCUUCCUCACGGACCCGUGCAGACGCCGGUGUUUAUGCCGGUAGGCACGCAGGCCUCCCUCAAGGGCCUGACCCCGGAUCAGCUCAAGGACCUGGGCUGUGAAAUUUUCUUAAACAACACAUACCACCUGGGCCUGAAGCCUGGACAGGACGUCUUGGAUACUGUAGGGGGUGCUCAUGCUCUGCAGCAUUGGGAUCGCAAUAUUUUGACCGAUUCGGGCGGUUUCCAGAUGGUCUCGCUGCUCAAGCUUGCAACGAUCACUGAACAGGGCGUCGGGUUCUUGAGUCCCCACGAUAACACCCCCAUGCUUUUGACUCCAGAGCAUUCUAUGAGUCUGCAGAAUAGCAUUGGAAGUGAUAUUAUGAUGCAGCUCGACGACGUUGUCGCUACUCUCACCACCGGGCCAAGAGUAGAGGAGGCUAUGUGGAGGUCUAUAAGGUGGUUAGAUCGCUGCAUUGCUGCUCACAAGAAACCAGAGUCGCAGAACCUAUUUUGUAUUAUUCAAGGUGGUCUAGAUCCAGAGCUGCGUCGCAUCUGCUGUAAAGAGAUGGUUGAACGUGACACCCCGGGUAUAGCCAUUGGUGGUCUCAGUGGAGGCGAAGAUAAAGAGAGCUACUGUAACGUAGUUGAUGCCUGCACGUCUCUGCUUCCAGAAAACAAACCCCGGUAUUGUAUGGGCGUUGGUUACGCCGAGGAUCUCGUGGUGUCGGUGGCAUUGGGUGCCGAUAUGUUCGACUGUGUUUACCCCACUCGUACUGCACGAUUCGGCACUGCUUUGACCCGUCAUGGCGUUCUGAACGUCAAGCUACUGGAGUACAAAAACGACCCAAGACCAUUAGAAGACGGCUGCAAGUGCCCCGUCUGCAAACCCAAAGAAGAGGGCGGUAUGGGCAUUUCUCGUGGCACGAUCCGCAUAAUGGCCACUAGAGAUACAGUUGGUGCCCACCUGCUCACAAUCCACAACACCUGGUACCAACUAGAGCUCAUGCGCACAAUUCGUCAGGCCAUUGUCGAAGAUCGGUUCGAAGAGUUUGUCCAAACGUUCUUCAAAGACAAGUUCGGCAACGAGCCGCCUGCUUGGGCCAGACAAGCAUUGGCAAAUGUGAAUAUCCGCAUCUGA